AUGACUAACUUUUCAGACUUUUCAUUCCUUGCUCGAGCGAUUGCAGAUUUUUGCAUAUUAAUAUGGUCGAUCAUACAUAUCUAUAGUAUUGACAAGUUUGAAGCAUUGCGAUGGAAAGUGAUCAAAAGAAAAGAAGUCAAAUCCAUAAUGACGAUACUAUACCUAAUUUCCAUAGUACUAAUAUUAACCUACGACGUCAUCUCCUCCAAAAUAAAAUACUCUGAAGGCUUCAUCUUUGAUCCGACCAAACAGAGGGUCAUUGAUAAACCGCAAGAGCAAUGGUCACCUGAGAAUAAACAAUUGAGGCGCAUGGCUCAUCUCAUACUCAUGAUUUUUUAUGCCGUUGAGAAUUCCGCGAUAUUUUUAUUACAAAAUUUUUGGAAUUAUUUAGUCAAUGACAUCGUUAGAGCGAAAUUUAUCACCACUUGGCAAUUUAGGAUAAAUUACGCUUUUAUCGCCAUCGCCUUGAUCAUAUUCCCUUGCAUUCAUUUCCUAUUUAGUAUCGAUGAUCAAAAAAUGGAUUCUUUCAACGUUCAAGAAUUAAAAGCAUAUCAGCAAAAACAAGCUAUUGAAGAGGUCAUUCCGCAACUGGCGGCAAUGUCUUGCAACUUAUUCGUAUUAGUUUACGGGUUAAUGGCUCACCUUAAAUUUUCCUCCCUUAUUAAACACAAUAAUCGAAAUCAUAUAGCCGACCGUUUAAAAUAUUAUAGAUACAUGAAUGGUUUAUUGAUUUUAAUUAUCGGGUUAGGUGCUAGUUCAAUGAUUAUAUUUAAUGUUGAUGCUCUUACGGAGAAGAAAUAUUUGAACAAUAAUAAAUUUACCAUCGAUUUAUUUGCCGGAAUAAUCAAUAUUUCGAUGGUCGCUUGUUGGAUCGUUUGGCUAUUGAUAUUUUAUCCACGAUUACUUCCAAAUGAUGGUGGUUAUUUAAAAUUAUCAUCCCCGUCAGCACCUUUAAAAUCUCAAGGUUCCAAGAAUGUCAAACAUAUUCAAAUCAAAAUUGAUUCCACAACCAUAAUAAUGGAUACUAACCAAGAAAAUUACGUCGGUGAAGGUAUAAGCGGAAAUCCUCGAGGGUCGAUUGUUAGCGAGGUACUUUUACCUCCACCUUUGGCUACCAAUAACAAGCAAAUCGUUUCGUACGCUAGAGCAGCUAAAGGAACUAGAAUGAGGAAUCUUACCAAUAUUCCACUUCAUAAACGGUUAAUGGAAAAUCCAACUCUUAAUACCGAGGAACUAUUCCAAACUUUCCACGGACCAGAUUUUCCGGGAUGUGGAAUUGUCUUAGAAAAAGAAAAUUUGCUAAACUUUUAUGAAAAAGGGAAAGGAACCAUUUAUAUUCGGGGAAGGCCGAAACUAGAACGAGAAACAGAAACAAUUGAUAAAUAUGAAAACUUUUGA